AUGUAUAAGGAGUCAAAAGCCGUUAACCCUAAUGUGGCAAAAAAGGGAGAGAUUCGAGUCAACAAUAAAAUAAAAGAUGCUGUUGAAGGAGACAAUCAACGCAAAAAAAAAAGAAGAGAGUCUUACGCUGUUUACAUAUACAACGUGUUAAAGCAAGUCCACCCUGAUGUUGGAGUUUCCUCUAAGGCGAUGACAAUCAUGAAUACCUUUGUCAACGAUAUUUUCGAACGAAUUGCGUCUGAAGCAUCGAGACUUUCCAAUCAAAGCAGAAAAUCAACUAUUUCUUCGCGAGAAAUUCAAACAGCUGUACGCCUAAUACUUCCUGGCGAAUUAGCAAAGCACGCAGUGAACGAAGGAACCAAAUGUGUUACAAAGUACGCAAGCACCAAAUAG